AUGACCUCGGGGAGGCGCGUGGAGUGCGAGCCGGCGCUCACGCGAGCGAGCCGGCGCCAGCUCUUGCACUUCCGGCGGUUUCCCCAUGGUGAAACAUGCUGGUGUGACACAGGUGUGAAACACUGUGAGACCUCCAUGGCGGUCUUCUAUCAGUACCUGAUUAGGCAUGCCAAUGGCUCUCUGAUGGCGCAGUCUAGCCAGUAUCGUCUACCAGAGACCGAUAUCAAUUUCACCUCCUUCGUCCCUGGCAGCCUCCAUUCGGAGACCUUUGCCGUGGCCAAGCGUCAUGGACGAUGGCAAGGAACUGAUUGGCACCAAUGCUCCGAUCCACAGCAGGGAUGGAACAUCUCUUUCCCCAGCCACAAGAGCAGCAACCUGGUGGCCAUUGCGACCGUCCAGGACUUGCAAGUAGCUGCCACUGCUGUGGUUUGGGCACUCAGAAAUUUCAAGGAAAAGUGGCAUGGGAUGUUUUGGAGGCAGGGUGUCGUACGGUGCAGCCGCUGCAGCCGCGUAUCAAAACCUGCUCGCCCGUAUCAAAACACCCCGGUCACACAGGUCCUCCGAACGGACGAUGGAUGUUCCGAUGUCCAAACGAUGUUCCUUCGGGAUUCCAGGAACCAGGAGGCUACUAGUAACAAAGGGCAUCGCUACGAACGGAGCGAUCGGACGCUACGAACGGGGCUCCUGGCCUUACUGCUAGGAGCUAGGAGCAUUCUUACUACUAGGAACAAGAAGCUAUUAGAAACAAUAAGCUACUAG